AUGCAGGUCGCCAAAGGAAUCGAGAACCCGGCUUUCGUCCCUUCCAGCCCGGACGUCCCACGCCGUGUGUCUGCUUCGCCCUCCCAGGUGGAGGUCUCUGCUGUGACCUCCAGGAACCAGAAUGGGGAUUCUCGACCUCGGGAAUCUGAGGAGCACCAUAAGCCAUCUGAGCCAUCUCUGCCUUCUUCAACUCCUCCAGCUUCUGAUGAGCCGCCGGGGUCACAGCUCUGCGAGCUAGAGGAGGGACCUUGCGGGUGGAGGGACUUCCACCCCGGGUGUCUCCAGCUCUGUAACACGCCCCAAGGCUUUCUGCUUCACUACUGCCUCUUGGCCCUCACGCAAGGUAUUGUAGUAAAUGGCCUAGUAAACAUUAGCAUCUCCACCAUCGAGAAGCGCUACGAAAUGAAGAGCUCACUGACUGGCUUGAUAUCAUCCAGCUAUGAUAUCGCCUUUUGCGUAUUGUCUUUAUUUGUAUCGUUCUUUGGGGAGAGAGGACACAAACCUCGCUGGCUCGCAUUUGCCUCCUUUAUGAUAGGACUGGGAGCACUGGUAUUUUCCCUGCCACAUUUUUUCAGUGGAAAAUAUGAAUUGGGAUCCGUUUUUGAAGAUACUUGUUUAACAACAAGGAAUAGCACGAGGUGUGCAUCUUCAGACUCUUUGCUUUCUAACUACUUGUAUGUCUUCAUCCUGGGACAACUAUUGCUUGGGACUGGAGGAACUCCGCUCUACACCCUGGGAACAGCCUUUAUUGAUGACUCUGUGCCGACACACAAAUCUUCUCUUUAUAUAGGAAUCGGAUACUCUAUGUCAAUCCUAGGCCCCGCCAUUGGCUAUGUGUUGGGUGGACAGCUGUUGACAAUGUACAUUGAUGUGUCCCUGGGACAAAGUCCUGAUGUCACUGAGGAUGAUCCCCGGUGGUUGGGUGCCUGGUGGAUUGGGUUUCUUUUAGCUUGGCUCUUUGCUUGGUCUUUGAUAAUUCCCUUCUCCUGUUUCCCAAAGUAUUUACCAGGAACAGCAAAAAUUCAAGCUGGCAAAACUUCCCAGACUCAUCAGAAUAGUAGUACUUCCUUCCAACACGCAGAUGAAAAUUUUGGAAAAAGUAUUAAAGAUUUUCCAACUGCUAUAAAGAAUUUGAUGAGGAAUACUGUCUUUAUAUGUUUAGUUCUAUCAACCACUUCUGAAGCCUUAGUUACGACGGGAUUUGCCACCUUUUUACCUAAAUUUAUAGAACAUCAAUUUGGAAUAACAUCCAGCUUUGCAGCUACGCUUGGAGGGGCGGUUUUAAUCCCUGGAGCUGCUCUUGGUCAAAUCUUAGGUGGUGUUCUUGUUUCAAAAUUCAAAAUGAAGUGUAAAAACACAAUGAAGUUUGCAUUGUUUACAUCUGGAGUAGCACUUGCGCUGAGUUUUGUAUUUAUUUAUGCAAAAUGUGAAAAUGAGCCAUUUGCUGGUGUUUCUGAAUCAUAUAAUGGAACAGCAGAACUGGGGAAUUUGACUGCUCCUUGUAAUGCCAAUUGCAACUGUUUGCGAUCCUAUUAUUACCCUCUCUGUGGAAGUGACGGAAUCCAGUAUUUUUCUCCCUGCUUUGCAGGUUGUUUAAACUCAGAUCCAAUCAAGAAACCAAAGGCUUAUUACAAUUGUUCCUGUAUUGAAAGGAAAAUAGAAAUCACACCGGCUGCAGAAAGUAUUGAUUUUGAAGCGGAAGCUGGAAAAUGUGGAACUCGGUGUGCAAACUUGCCGAUAUUUCUUGGCAUUUUCUUCAUUACAGUUAUCUUUACUUUCAUGGCAGGUACUCCGAUAACCGUGUCUAUAUUAAGGUGUGUCAAUCACAGGCAGAGGUCUCUAGCAUUGGGAGUACAGUUUCUGCUACUUCGGUUGUUGGGCACAAUACCUGGGCCAAUUAUAUUUGGUGUCACAAUAGACAGCACAUGUGUUCUGUGGGAUGUCAAUGAAUGUGGAAUAAAAGGAGCUUGCUGGAUUUAUGAUAACAUCAGGAUGGCCCAUAUGCUGGUAGCCAUAAGUGUUACUUGUAAAGUUAUCACCAUAUUCUUCAACGGGCUUGCGAUCGUCCUCUAUAAACCACCACCACCAGGCACAGAGGUGUCCUUUCAAAGUCAGAAUGUGGUUGUGUCUACUAUUUCGAUAGAAGAGGACCUCGAUAAAACUGAAAAUGAAGAAUGA